CGCUUAUUUAGAUAUUCUCUUACAAAAAGUUUGUUGAAAUCUAUUAAGCUGGAUUAAAUUGGAUUUAUUUCAGUAAAAAAAAUAAAUUUAAUCGAAAUAAAAUAAUCAUUUUCAUGGUACAACUAUUUUAUUAUGAAAAUCGUGGAAUACCUUGUCAUCACUUAUUACGUAAUGGUAUAAGAAAAUUUAUAGUUCAAUUAGAAGCAUGUGAAAAUUGGCCAUAUCCAAGUUCUGAAUCAAAAUGGUUAUUACUAUUUAAUCGAUUUAUAAAAAAUUGGUGUAAAGUCAUUCAAAUGACAAGUGGAGGAACAAAGAGAUUUGAAACUAUUGGACAUGUUACAUUUACUAAAUUAGAAGGUUCAAUGUUUAUCACUGGAAAAUUCAAACAGGAUUCAACUGGUAAACAACAAAAAAUGCCACAUUUCUGUUUAUUUUUAACUACAAGUAUAAUAGAUGCUGAUUUCUAUCAUGGUUAUUUAUUAACUGGAAUGGUGGAAAGAGGUAAUCGAAAAUUGGGCAUUUGGGAAUCAACACAUUAUGCUUAUGUUAAACGUGAAGGUUAUUAAAGAUCAAUUUGUCUAAUUGUUUAUAUUCUAACUGUAAAUCUUUCAUUUUGUACGUAAAUUCAUUUGGAGAAAAAUGUACACUUAUUGAAUUUCUAUGUAUUUCACAUAAGACCAGGCUAAAAUACAUAUAGAUACAUUAUACUCCUGAAGGCAUUCAUAUGUAUUCAUUUAAAUUUUUAUAAAAUUGAUGGU